UUGUUCCCUGGACCGCGAACGCAGCCUGACGUCACCUGUCCGGCAGUGACGUCACGUGGCUUCUCAUAGCAACAACAGUGUUAGCUGUUGGUCAGAUCGAGACUCAUUUCUCACGCAGAUCUCUGCUCAAAUACUGAAAAUGGCUGAAGUGGAGGAAACUCUGAAGAGGAUCCAGAGCCAGAAAGGAGUGCAGGGGAUUAUCAUCGUAAACUCAGAAGGAAUCCCCGUGAAGACGACUCUGGACAACGCGAGCACGGUGCAGUACGCAGGACUGAUCCACCAGCUGGUGAUGAAGGCCCGGAGCACCGUGCGAGACAUCGACCCCCAGAACGACCUCACCUUCCUGCGCAUCCGCUCAAAGAAGAACGAGAUCAUGAUCGCUCCAGAUAAGGACUAUUUCUUGAUCGUGAUCCAGAACCCCUCGGACUGAAGAAGACGGAGCUGCUUCCAGACUCAUUUCCCUCUCUUAUAUUUAAUACAGCCAAACAUUUUCUUUGUCCCGCUAUAUGAAAAGAACCAGAAGCUUUUCAUGCACUUGCUGUACCAGGCAGUUACGAUUUGAAGGUUAAUGAAAUCACUCUGCAGGCAAAUUACUUCUUCCAUGUUCAAUCCAUUCCAGCUCUGUUCUCUAUGCAUACUGUAUGUUUUUCAACUGUGUUUAUUUUGAAGGUAUUUUAGCGCAUGGUGAGAAGUGCACACAUGCUAAAAUCCGUCUGUCAGGAGAAAGAAAUGCAGAUAGGGAGCAGUUCAUUGAAGCCUGCAAAGUGUGGAGGAGACAGACGGCAGCACAUCUUUGGGUUUGAGGAGGGUUUACAAUUCCACCUUUGUCAAAAACAACAAACUCGGAUUGUUAUUUAUUGUUUUGUUGGCUGAAAAGAUGUGCAGUAUUUCACUGGAGAGCGGCGAACAACACUACACCCCUCUCUGCUCGGCCAUGGCAAGUUUCUGAUGGUUAUUUUUAUCAAAUUAAAAAAAGUCAAAGAUG